AUGAACUGUCAAUGGAUUGCGUGUCAAACGUAUUCCUCAUUACUUUCAGUGACCGGAUGUUUGGCGGCAGACAAUCGACGAGUAGAACCGAUGAAAUGGACAUGUAAUAAAUGUCAAGACUUUGAAGAGAUAUCAUCUCUCUUGUGCCCAUUGUUUGGCUGUAUAUCUCUUCAUAUCGUUCUUAAAGAAAGGGAACUCAAAGAAGCAAAUUUCCCGAAGUUGUGGCAAAUGUUUGACAAUGGCUUCCAUUGUCUCAAAUGUGAUUCUAGUGCGUCGGAUCACUGGGACGUUGUCUUCGCUGUCUUUGCCGUUAAACCCGUUACUGAUAUCAAUAGCCUUCAGAUCAAUAGAGCCAGUGAUGUAUUUGACGUUCCGGGCGGUCGUCAAAUCCAAUGGCCAGCGAUUGUCUCCUCCGAAGCGUUUUUUGAGUGCAAUCGCGGAACUGUUGUGACAGUCGUUGAAAACGAGACAACUCUUUGA